UAAAGAAAAUUGUUUCUGACGAUCUUCAGAGAAAAGAUUGGAUGAAAUUAAGCAUUUGGAUUCUGUUAGGAUCUUCUUCUUUUUUUUUUAUUUUAAAAGUGAUCAAAAUUGGGUAUUUUCUGUUUAAAGGUAUAAUUGUCGUAUGCAUUCAGAAUAUAGAAAACCAAAAACAAAAUCAACUUGUACUAAUUGGUUUCGAGGAAACACGACGAAUCCAAUUGUAUGACUUUUUAUUAAGUAAGGGAUUUCUUAAAUCUUGGUUAAAGAUUUUUAUUUUCUUCUGAAUAUUAGAUUGAAGAACAGUGAAGUAAAGCAAAAGAAAUUUUAAAAAUUGUAAUUUGACGAAGACUUUUGUUUGCAGUUUCUGUUGAUAUUUUUCUUUACCCACCCAGAAGAUGAAAAUGAAAGAAAAGAAAGAGAUAAUGGUGAAUAAAACUUUAGAGUUGAUUCUUUCCUUAAAAUUAGCUGUCUUAAACGUCUAAUUUUAGAAUUUUUGUGGACCGAUUUCUUCUCUUCUCCUCUCCUUUUUAAAGCAAAAGAAAACCUCUCUCUCUCUCUCUGACUCUCUCUUCAUUUUCAUCUGUUUCAGUGUUGUGUUCCCUUGGUAAACAAGGGAGGGGGAAAACAAAGCAACCCUCACCUCUUUUUCUCUCUGACCCACUUCUUCUUCUUCUUCAUCCUCAUCCUCCUCUGUUUUCUCUGUUCUUUUGUUGGUGAACAGGGGGAAACAGAGGAACACCCCAUUCUCCUCUUUUCUCUCUGUUUUGUACUACAGAUUAAAAGAAAAAGAAGAAAAAUGGUUUAUGAAAAAGGAGCAACACAAUCAAAUCUUGAAUGUUUUCUUGAUUGUACUACUCCUGUCAUUCCAUCACAGUUUCUUCCCAAGACUGCUAUGAGGAAUCUUAAUCAACUUUGGCAUCCGUGGGAGAGAGAAACAAUUGAGUAUUUUACGUUAGGAGAUCUUUGGAGCUGUUAUGAUGAAUGGAGUGCUUAUGGUGCUGGAACUCCGAUUGUACUAAACAAUGAUGAAACUGUUGUUCAAUACUACGUUCCUUACCUCUCAGCAAUUCAAAUUUUCACAACUAAUACAAUGUUAUCAAGUUUCAGGGAAGAGGCAGAGUCUGGUGAUUCAGAGACAAGGGAUUCGUUUAGCGAUUCUUUUAGUGAUGAGAGUGAGAGUGAAAAAUUAUGGAGAUGGGAUGGUAAUUCUUCAGAAGAUGGUGGAUUCGAACAAGAAAAUUUAUGUCACCUGAAUGACAGAUUGGGUUCUCUUUAUUUUCAGUACUUUGAGAGAUCACCUCCUUACGGAAGAGUUCCUCUUAUGGACAAGAUCAGCGGAUUGUCCAGGCGGUUUCCCGGGUUAAUGAGUUUAAAAAGUGUUGAUCUUUCACCAGCUAGCUGGAUGGCCGUUGCUUGGUAUCCAAUAUAUCAUAUCCCAACAGGAAGAACAGUGAAGGAUUUGUCAGCUUGUUUCCUUACUUAUCACACCCUAUCUUCAUCUUUCCAAGAUGUGGGGCAUGAAGAAGAAGAAGAAGAAGAGGAGACGAGUGGAAUAAUGGAAAGAAAGAAAAAGGAAGUGAAAGGUGUGGAACUCCCACCAUUUGGGUUAGCCACUUACAAGAUGCAACAAGGGAAUCUAUGGUUUUCGGGGGAGAACGGUCGGGACCAAGAGAGGUUUAUGUCGCUAAUGAGUGCAGCGGAUUCGUGGCUAAAGCAGCUUAGGGUCCAACACCAUGACUUCAAUUAUUUCACUGGAAUGAUUCGGCAUUAGCUAGAUGAUCAAGAAUCUGCUGAUUCCCUCCCACAAAAGUAACCCCAACAGGAAAAGAGGACUUUCUUUUUUCUCCAGAAAUUCUCUCCUUUUUUUCCAAACCGCAUAUACAAACAUAACUAGCAAACAAAAGUAGAACCAAACAAGUUUUUUGUAUUGCUCUCUUCUUCUCAGGAUUAAGUUAGUUUGUGUGUGGCUGGCAGGAUUGUAUCUUUGUCACGUUAGGCUUUUGUGGUUGGGUUCUUAAACAUAGCCGGCCGGUGCUGAGUUGAUUUGAGCCUUUGAGAGAUAUGAUAGGGAACGAACGGACUUGUCUGAAGAACAUGGUCCCUGACUCCACGAAGAACCUAGAAUUUGAUGGGGGAUGGGGGAGAGAUUCGGGGGCGAGGUAUAUGAAACGGAAUGCUCAUGCAGUGUGCUUUCAAGACCAUAAUUGUAUAUGGGUGGUGUAAUUUUAUCCAAAAACUGAACAUAUUUCACAUAACGUUUAAAAUCAAGUUGUUUCAUUAUUUAUAGCUCAAAACAGAAGCACGUUAUUCGGGGACCAA